UAUUUGAAACUGAGAUUUUGUUCUACCAAUUUUUAUUUCCAGUUCGAGAUGUCCAAAUGGCAUUGUCUUUAAUUUCUUAGACGAUUCGCUACAUAUUAUUUACAGAUGGCUAAAAGUCCAGUCGUAACGGGGAUUUCUCCAAAAGAAGGGCCUCCAGGAACAAGGGUGACGAUCAGAGGGGAAUAUUUGGGCAUUAACCCCAACGAUCUAUCGAGUUUAAAAAUAUGUGAUUGCGAAUGCAUGCUUUCGGCUGAAUGGAAAUCGCCCAAUAAGAUCAUUGCACGAUCUGGCCCAGGAAAAGGACGUGGCGAUAUAAUUCUAGUCACUAAAUCUGGAGGUGUUGGUACAAGUACUGUACAGUUCCGUGGUUAUCAUGAGACGAUUGGCCCUCUAAAAGAGAGCGCAGUAUGGGUAGAAGAAGCACCGCUCAACUGGGGCAGGCAAAAUAGUUCAGUCACCAUAUUUCAAUUAGAUGAUCCUCUUGGUCUAUCUGUUGAAGGAGACGAGAAAUUUCCUGAAAAUGAACUAACUGAAUUAUUUCCGGAUGGUUCUGGUGAUUUAUUAUCUGAAAACUUUGAACCUGCCUGGUUUUUACUUGAACACCAUCAUGGAACAUCUUUUGAUGAUUUACGGGUAGGAUUAUCAUAUUUAAAAAGAAAGGUAGAUUCACAAAACGAAGGACAAUUGUCUUUUUUGAAAGAUAAUGUUGGAUCAGUAAUGGAACAAUUAGAUACUCUUUUUACAUUAAAACAAAAUUAUGAAGCUGAUUUUGAAAGGAAUAAUGAAACUCUCUUUAGAGUUGAAGAAGCAAUUAACCAAUCUCUGAAGGAGGCAACACAUUUAUUUCAUGGUGUUUUAAAUAGGAGAGAAAAAGCUGAAGCUACCAGAAAUGCAUUAGCUGUUAUGACUAGAUAUAAAUUUUUAUUUCAAUUACCAAUCAAUAUUGAUCGUAAUAUUAAAAACGAAGAUGUAGAUGUAAUUAUUAAUGAUUACGCAAGAGCUUUAAAUUUGUUUGGUAAAACUGAAGUUUCGGUUUUCAAAAAAAUACUAGAAGAAGUUGAAACUAAAAUAAUGAAUAUACGAAUCAACCUGAAGUCAAAGCUUCAUCAAAUGCCAUCAACAUUGAAACAACAAAAGAAAAUAAUUAGAAAUUUAGUAGCUUUGAAUGACAAUGGUGACCCUGGUUGGGAAGCAAUUAUUCACAUGAAACAAUUUCUUAUUGAUAAAAUAAAAGCUAGUUAUCAACAAUUUAUAACUGAAGAACAAGCAAAUGAAACUCCAAGUAAGAACAACAGACAUUCACACAAUAAACAUAAAAGAAAUAUUAGUUUAUCACAGCAAAUCGAACCUCAAAACAUUGAGCCCAAAAAGGUAUUAUGCAUUGAUGAAAUAGCUACUGUUAUUUCGGAUUAUUUUCCAGACUUGUGGAAACUUGGUCAAAAUUACUUUAUUGGUGACUUAGCAGUUAAGCCAGAUUACAGCCAUGAAAUGGAUUUCAAAGAAAUGAUAUUAGACAUAAUUGUGACUGUGUCUGAUAUAUAUAGAACAAUUAUGUUACCUACUACUACAACUAGUUCGUUUUCACCAGUAUCUAUCAUAUGGUUGCCUCAUUGUUUAAAACAAAUCCGAUCAGUAUUUACAGUAUUAAUGGCUUUGGAUCUUCCCAACGAAGCUUUAAAUAAAAUUUCCAGUGUUAUAUUUGAUUUAAGAUUACACUGUUUAAAUAUUUUAUUUAAACAAGCCUCAGAACAAAUUAUACAGUUGAAAAAUACAGAGACUUGGAAACUGGAUUAUCAUUCAAAGCAAGGAACUACAUCACAAUUGCCAAAUGAUUUCUACAAAAUCAUUAUGGAAGCAAUGAAUUUAGCCAAAGAAUAUGUAAUUCGUGACGAGCGUAGAGAAACUGCACUGGUUGAUAAUGAAACUGCAAAAAAUGAAUUACAACUACUAGUUCACAAAUGCUUUUGGAACUUUUCACAGGUAUUGGAACAAGUGGGUUUAAAUGCAGAUACCAAUUGUUCAUCUACUACAGUUAUGUCCUUAAGUGGAUCUUCAGUUACAGGGUUAAAAUUACAUAAUGAUCUGAUGUGGGAACAAAAACUUUUAAUAACAAUAAGUAACAGUCAGUAUACAAGAAAUGUCUUGCUACUGAAAUUUAAAAAAGAAUUUGAAGACAACGGUUUUCCAACUAUUGAUGUUGUUGUGGCUCGUGCAGUUGAGUUACUUGAAAAUACUGAAAGUAAAUUGCUUGAAACUUAUAUAGAAACCAAAAGUGAUCCUUUAGUUGGGACAAUUGAACCAUCAAUGUAUGUGGGCAGCUUUGAAUGGGACUCGCCCUCACUUUUAGAACUAAAAGAUGUUAGACCAUAUGCCAAAGAAAUUAUUACCAAUUUGAUUGCAUUACAUUCUGAGGUCCAAACAAUUAUGCCAGAUUUAAUGUAUGCUGUAUUAUCAGAAAUUGUGGUCACUAUAUCAGAAGAAAUGUCACGUCUCAUGAAUUGUGUUACACAUUUUAGUGAAAAUGGAGCCAUGCAAGCUAGAUUGGAUUUGAUGGCAUUAACAUUCACAUUAUCCAAUUAUUUUACACCAAAUUCAAAGGAUUUUUUUUGUGAUGCUACAAAUGCAGUUCCACCGUUCAAAACAGAGGAUAGUGAAAAGUGUGUUUUGAAAUGUUUUGAGCAGUUUAAAACCCGUAUGCAUUUACAAAUCGUGUGUUUUUUAACACCAUACCCAAACAAUAUUGAAACUAGUAUUAUAUAAUACAUUAUUACAAUUUAUAUUAUAACUCGAUUAUUUUUAUAUAAAAUAUUUUAUUACAAUGUUAAUACACUUAAUAUAUGAUUA